GUGUGGUGUUGUCCUGUUAGUCUGUCAGAAAUGUCUUCAUAUUCAGGGAUGUGUCACAUGUCUAACCUCCACCUGUGUGUCUGUCUUCUGUUUGCAGAGGAAGGCAUCAAUCAUGAGUGCAAGCUGUGUAACCAGAUGUUUGAUUCACCUGCCAAGCUGCUCUGCCACCUGAUCGAGCACAGCUUCGAAGGCAUGGGAGGAACCUUCAAGUGUCCCGUCUGCUUCACAGUGUUUGUGCAGGCCAACAAGCUCCAGCAGCACAUUUUUGCUGUGCAUGGCCAGGAGGACAAAAUCUAUGACUGCUCUCAGUGUCCACAGAAGUUCUUUUUUCAAACAGAGCUACAG